AGGCGCCCUCCUCCUCCGCCUCCUCCUCACCGCCGCCUCGGCCUGGUGGGGAACAAAGGGAGCGCGGCUGCCGCCGGAGCGGAAGUACAAAUAUAAUGUCAGGUGGCUGAAAAAUUGCCUAUCAAAAUGUCAAAAAGGCCAUCUUAUGCCCCACCUCCUACCCCAGCUCCUGCAACCCAAAUGCCCAGCACACCAGGGUUUGUGGGAUACAAUCCAUACAGCCAUCUGGCCUACAACAACUACAGGCUGGGAGGGAACCCGGGCACCAACAGCCGGGUCACGGCUUCCUCUGGUAUUACCAUUCCAAAGCCCCCCAAACCCCCAGACAAGCCCCUGAUGCCCUACAUGAGGUACAGCCGGAAGGUCUGGGACCAAGUGAAGGCGUCCAAUCCUGAUUUGAAGUUAUGGGAAAUUGGCAAGAUUAUUGGAGGAAUGUGGCGAGAUCUCACUGAUGAAGAGAAGCAAGAGUAUUUGAAUGAAUAUGAAGCUGAAAAGAUAGAGUACAAUGAGUCCAUGAAGGCCUACCAUAACUCUCCUGCAUACCUUGCCUACAUCAACGCAAAAAGUCGUGCUGAGGCUGCAUUGGAAGAAGAAAGCCGACAAAGGCAGUCACGCAUGGAGAAGGGUGAACCUUACAUGAGUAUACAGCCAGCAGAAGAUCCAGAUGAUUACGACGAUGGAUUUUCUAUGAAGCACACAGCCACAGCUCGUUUCCAAAGAAACCAUCGUCUCAUCAGUGAGAUACUGAGUGAAAGUGUGGUGCCCGAUGUCCGCUCUGUUGUCACUACAGCUAGAAUGCAAGUUCUUAAACGCCAGGUUCAGUCUUUAAUGGUUCAUCAGCGUAAACUAGAAGCUGAGCUUCUGCAAAUUGAAGAGCGUCACCAGGAAAAGAAGAGGAAGUUUUUGGAAAGCACAGAAUCCUUUAACAACGAGCUUAAAAGGUUAUGCAGUUUGAAGGUGGAAGUAGACAUGGAAAAAAUUGCAGCUGAAAUUGCUCAAGCUGAGGAACAGGCUCGCAAGAGGCAGGAGGAAAGGGAAAAAGAAGCAGCUGAGCAAGCUGAACGCAGUCAAAAUAAUAUAGCAGCUGAGGAAGAACAGGCAGCUAACAAGAUAGAGGAGAAGAAAGAAGAGGAGAGUGCUCCAAUGGAGACAGAAGAGCCUCACCCAGAAGAGAGCACAGAAAACCAGCAGAAUGGUGAAGAAGGAACAUCUACCCCAGAUGAUAAGGAGAGUGGCCAAGAAGGGGUCGAUAGCACUGCAGAGGAGGGAACCAGUGAUAGCAACACUGGUUCAGAGAGCAAUAGUGCAACAGUUGAAGAGCCUCCUGCAGACCCUAUCACUGAGGAUAGCGAGAAGAAAGAAUAAAUAAUGACUCAUUUCAUGUGUCUCUUUUUAAUGAAGUACUGUUUUGAUUUCAAAAUGUGCUACAUGGCUUUUGUAUCUUCCUUGCCUGUAUCACUUGUCUCCAAAGGAUACUGGGUUUUAAUAAUGUCAGAUUAUCAGCACAGCGACAUAAAGGGGCCUUUAGAGACGAAGGGGAUCUUGCAACAGACAGAAAACCUCAUGUGUCUAAACACAGCUGUUAGAAUAUGGAGAGGUACUUACUAUUGCUUGGGAUUUCUUCCCUAGAAAGAUAAGCAUUGGUUUUGGUUUUUGUAUUAGAAGUCAGGCCUUCUCCCUUUCUUCUAGUUACAUGACAACAGUGAAAAUGUAGUUGUUCUCAAAGGCCCUUCUUGUUCAUUUGUGGCUGAGGUGAGAUGCGGAUGUGAGUCACCUCUCUGCCGUAGCCCUCCUGACCUGGCUUUACUGAGGGGCUGCCUCUGCCCCAACAUCUGGUUAGUGCAGCAUGAGGUCUGCAGCCGGGAUGCUGGUGCUGUGGCCAUGGAGGCUGAUGAAGUAGCACAGUUGAGAAAUGUGGUUAAUGACACUCGCUUUCUAGAGAGGUCAGAGUGUUACUGAGGCGUCUUAAAGUUGACAUUAGUAUUAAGCAAAGACAUGAUGCCUGUACUGGUAUCACCUAGAGCAUCUCCUUCAUCUAACAAAUCCAAAAAAACCCACAGCAGUCUAGCACACGUUGCCACCACUGCUUCAGUUCUUGCCGGUGAGGAUGUUUACUGCAGCUGCCCAUUCUUUGCUUUUACAGAAAGCAUUCAGUACUCAAGAGUGGUGCUCCUAAAUAAGG